AUGGAACGAAUGAAGAACGACCUUGCCGCUGAACUGGUACUUUCUCCGGAUUCUAACGACGAUGACGAGGCUGUGAGAGGUAAUCUGUCAACUGAGGAAAUGGGCGACUUCUAUCCCCUCCGGAAUGCCUCAGACGCGGCUACGGCGGCAGCCACAGCUGAAAUAGCGGUGCUGAAUGAAGCAGUAGGAACGGUGGAUCUCAUAGAUGACGAGGAUGAUGAUUUCGUUCCAGCUGGUGGUGAAUUGUUGGCAGAUGAUGAGACCGUUGCCAUCUACCAUCAUGGUUCUUCAGCAUUUGGGGACGUGGUGGACGAGGACGAAGAAGAGGGGGAGAUUUAUUAA